GUGGCUUCCAUACCUUGGUUGGGACAACAUCCUGUCGAAUUAUAUCGUCAAAGCCCCCGUAUCUAUUAUCUGCGUCUGAAGUGCAUUGCAAACAUCGAUCGUUUCAUUGAUUUGUACACCAAUGUAUCACGUAAAAUGGAUAGUGUUUUUGAGACAUAUUUAGGUCCGGAUGGUGUUUUGGCAGGGGCGGUGGUGGGUGCAGUCGCAGGAGCAACGGGUGAGCCCGAUGAUAUACCCAAUGUAAAUACCACGGUUUGGAUAUUGGGUAAAAGUUAUAAUGCCAUACAAGAAUUGGAAUUGAUACGUCGUGAUGUUCAAUCACGUUUGUGGUGUACAUAUCGGAGGGGAUUUGUGCCACUUGGGGAACCCCAGCUGACGACAGAUAAAGGUUGGGGUUGUACAUUGCGUUGUGGUCAAAUGGUAUUGGCUCAGGCAUUGAUUGAUUUGCAUUUGGGUCGUGAUUGGUUCUGGACACCCGAGACCCGGGAUCAGACAUAUUUGAAAAUCGUAAAUCGUUUUGAAGACUCAAGGAAAAGUUAUUUUUCCAUACAUCAAAUUGCCUUAAUGGGAGAUUCGGAGGAUAAGAAGGUGGGCCAGUGGUUUGGCCCGAAUACAGUGGCACAGGUUUUGAAGAAACUAGUGCGUUAUGAUGAUUGGUGUAGUCUAAUGAUACAUGUGGCAAUGGAUAUGUCAAUUGUCUGCGAUGAAAUCAUGUCCCUUUGCUUGGAAAAUCCCCAAAAUGAUGAAUCCUGGAAGCCACUGCUUCUUAUUAUCCCUUUGCGUUUGGGUCUAAGCGACAUCAAUCCGAUUUAUAUACCAGCUUUGAAGAAAUGUUUUGAAUUGGUUGGUUUUUGCGGCAUGAUUGGUGGCCGUCCAAAUCAGGCAUUAUAUUUUAUGGGCUAUGUCGAUGAUGAGGUAUUAUUUUUGGAUCCUCACACAACACAAAGAUGUGGUUCGGUGGGCCAAAAAACCACCCAAGAUGAAAUUGAAUUUGAUGCAACAUUUCAUCAGAAAUAUGCUGGACGAAUACCGUUUACACAAAUGGAUCCAUCAUUGGCGGUGUGUUUCCUAUGUAAAACGCGUAUAUCAUUCGACAUACUGCUGGAGGAUUUGAAAACAAAAGUUCUGACAGCAAGUACUCAGCCAUUAUUUGAAAUUAUUAAAACGAGAUCACCCGAAUGGGUAUCAAGUAUGCCAGAUUUCGAAAAACUAAAUCACACUUCAGAGGAGCUAAGGCCACGUAAUUGCUGUGAUGAAUAUGCCGGGUCCGAUGAUGAUUUUGAAUUUAUUUCAUAGUUUAAAA